ACCUCCAGCCAGAAGGCCAGCUGCACCUCUGCGAAAAUCCACCUGACAGCACGACACCAGCUGCAGCGCACCUCGACGAGUGCAUGAACUGGGAUGUCUGCAGCGGACUGGUACGCUCACAAGUCGCUCGGAGACGGACUCUUCUGGAUCCAGGAGCGAUUCUACCAGUCGGAGAACCGGGCUAACAUCUGGCUGCUCCGCGGCUCACACCAGGACGUGGUGAUAGACACGGGACUGGGCUUGAGGAGCUUACCGGACUACAUCGACGGCAAGGGGCUGCUGGGCAAAGACCCGCAGAGGAAGAACCCGCUGCUGGCCAUCGCCACCCACGCCCACUUCGACCACUCGGGUGGGCUGCAUCAGUUCCAACAGGUGGGCGUCCACAGCGCGGAGGUCGAUGCCCUGGCCAACGGAGACAACUUUGAGACGGUCACCUGGCUCAGCGACAGGGAGAUAGCCGAGGCUCCCAGUCCCGGAUGGAGGGCCAGACACUACAAAGUGAAGGCUGUGCAGCCCACACACAUCCUGCAGGAGGGUGAUGUCAUCAACCUCGGCGACAGACAGCUGACAGUGCUUCAUAUGCCUGGUCACUCUCGGGGAAGCAUUUGCCUACAUGACCGUGACAAUAAGUUGCUCUUCAGUGGAGACGUUGUGUAUGACGGCGCCAUGAUUGACUGGCUGCCCUACAGCCACGUCAGUGACUACAUCAGCAGCUGUGAGCGUCUGGUCGGGCUGGUGGACAGCGAGCAGGUCGACCAAGUCCUCCCAGGACACUACAACACAUUUGGGGCGAAGCGGCUUCAUCGGAUCGCAUCCACAUACAUCAGCAGAGCUGAAACAUGCCCUGCAAAGUUCUCCACAUUCGCCUGGAGUACUCUGGCUGGGAUGGCACUGCGGGCGUUCAAUCCACGGAGUGCCUGCUAAUGAGAGGGGAUUACGGAAGCUGCAGGAAGCACAAGUGCACAAAGAAAGAAAGUUUUAGUAUGGAAGGAUUAAAAAGAGGGUAAGGAGGGGAGCAAAGUUAAUAAUGUAACGCUGUUCAUUUACUCAUGUAAUCCAACACAUACCAUAUGAUUGCCAAAUUUUGUGUAAAAUGCCCCCCACUGGGUUACAUAAGUCAAUAAUCAGCAUCAUAUCAAGCAUACAAUAUAAAGUAUUUACUAGUGUUAUUCUCUUAUAUACUGAUGAAUAUGUAUAUGUUGGUCUCAAUAUAAUUAGAUGUAUUGUUUUUAUACUUUAAGCAGAUAUGAAGUUACAAUAGCACAACAAUGGUACAACUCUGCAUGACAAACAGAAAACAGGGAGCUUUGGGUUCUCUUCUGAGGCAUUUGAAACAGAGUCAUUAUGGCCAUAGCAUUCCUCUAUGCAUAUUACUACAAUGCUCAGUGAAGACUCGGUAUCGACUACCUCCUAUGUUUGUAAGAGUGCUUUGUACUAUUGACUAAUCUACGGCUUUGCUAUCAAAACAUUGACAAUAAAGUCUCUGUUCUACCU